CCGCAAUUCAAUGCAACAUAACCACCACGAUCCAACAUCAUUCCCUUAUCGAUUAUUCCAUCUCCUGACCACAAGAAACGUACAAAAAACACAUCCAUAGAAUACCACAUACAUCCACCCGCAAAAUGAGACAACUCGCCGUCUUCAGCACCAAAUCCUACGACAAACAAUACCUCUCCACCACCCUCCAAGAGCAAUACCCCACCCUCUGCGAAAUCGUCUACCACAGCUUCCCCCUCUGCGACGAGACCGCCUCCCUCGCCCACGGCAGCGACGCCGUCUGCGCCUUCGUCAACGACAAGCUCGACGCCGCCGUCCUCCGCGCCCUCCACGCAGGCGGCACCCGCGCCAUCCUCCUCCGCUGCGCCGGCUUCAACGGCAUCGACCUCGACACCGCCGAAAAGCUCGGCCUCUUCGUUGCCAACGUCCCCUCCUACUCCCCCGAAGCCGUCGCCGAGUUCGCCGUCGCCCUCAUCCAAACCCUCAACCGAAAGACCCACCGCUCCUACAACCGCGUCCGCGAAGGCAACUUCAACAUCGAGGGCCUCCUCGGCUACACCCUCGCCGGCAAGACCGUCGGCGUCGUCGGCCUCGGCCGUAUCGGCCUUUCCUUCACCCGUAUCAUGCACGGCUUCGGCUGCAAAUUGCUCGCAUACGAUCCCUAUUGCGCGGCGUCCACAGACGCCAACGGCGGGGGUGCCGAAUUCCGCCAACUAGACGGGUCGUUCGUCGAGCUAGACGAACUACUCCGCGAGGCAGACAUCGUCUCGCUCCACUGCCCACUAACAGAAACAACACGGCACGUAAUCGGCCGGGAGAGCCUCAAACAGGUCAAAGCCGGCGCGAUGAUAGUAAACACCUCACGGGGGGCAUUAAUUGACACACAAGCGGCGAUCGACGCCCUAAAGACAGGGCGACUAGGUGGGUUAGCACUGGACGUGUACGAGGAGGAAGGGGCGCUGUUCUACGACGACCACUCGGGGGAUAUCAUCCACGACGAUGCGCUGAUGCGGUUGAUGACGUUUCCGAAUGUGCUGGUUUGUGGGCAUCAGGCUUUCUUUACGGAUGAGGCGUUGAGGGAAAUUGCCACCGUUACGUUGGGGAAUCUGGAGGAUUUUGUGCUUAGGCGGACAUGUCGGAACUCGUUGGUUAGGGAGGGCCAUUUACUUGUUGAGAAGGAUAAGGAGCCGGUGAGGUUGUAGGUCCCCUUUUUUUUAUUGAAUGUCGGUUUGUUGGUUGGUUUGAUAUAUAUCUGGGAAUCUCGCUCUUGAGAUUAUUCUUGUUGCAAUGGCAUUAGCAGAUUAUACAGUAUAGAUGUGUGGAUGGUGGUCAACGUCGUUAUUUAACGGCGCAGGUGUUCCGAUAUAUAAAUCCCUAACCCGUGGUGCACUGAUCACACCAACACAACGCAAUACCCUAAAUCUCUACUAAAUAUAUGUCUUGAUGAUAUUAGACCUAAG